AUGCUGGCAGCUAUUUUCUUAGUGGUGGCAUUCAAAAGUGCCGUUUAUGCUCAAACAUACACUGGUUGCCACAAUCAUUCCUCCGUCGAGUACUGCUAUGGCCCGGACGGUGAAGAGACUGCUCUGUACACCUAUUCUUCCAUCGCUCCUACGACAUUGUCGACGGCAACUCUACCAGCGUCGGUGUCUGCUUCGGCCACAACUACCGGUCAAACUACCGCUGUGACAGGGUGUCAUGCACAUGGUGCUGAUAUCUACUGCAUCGAUGGUGCUGGAGAAGAGGUCAUGAUCUCAACGACCGCAACCGCAACUGGAGAACCGCCCGCACAAUACACCGGAUGCCAUUCUCAUGGAGAUGAACAGUACUGCUUAGCCCCAGAUGGCUCAGAAGUAUUGGUCCUCGCCGAAGGAGCUACUGUCUCGGAAGACCAUGAUGAGCACGAGGAACAUGAAGAUCAUGAGGAGCAUUCUGAGGAUGAGGAGGAGCUUGAUUGCCAUUUUCACGCUGGGGUAGAGCAUUGCGUUCCCGCUGGGGGGAGCGAAAGCGUCAGUGAAGAGCUGAACUGCGGCUUGACACAGCGAGACUACGACAUCCCGCUCAGAAUUGGUACACUCUUCGUUGUCUUGGUCACCAGUGCAAUCGGCGUCUACGCACCAUUGUUGCUCACCAAGCUCCCCUUCAAAUCUGUAAAUGCUAUCGGAUUCACCGUUGUCAAGCAAUUCGGCACCGGGGUUAUUCUAUCGACUGCUUUCGUCCAUCUCUACACUCACGCAUCACUGAUGUUUAACAAUGAAUGUCUUGGUGUGCUCGAGUACGAAGCUACAACAUCUGCGAUUGUCAUGGCUGGAAUUAUCCUUGCUUUCCUUGUCGAGCAUAUCGGCCACCGCAUCGUUCUCGCGCGAGGAGCCUCCCCUCAACAGCAGAGGGGCGCAGGCCCCGAAGAGACGGCCACCAUUUCAGCAUUCGCGAAGGAAGGAGAAUCUACGCCUGUCUCGAAAAGCUUGACUGAUCCUCAUGCGUCAGCCUAUAACUCCAACAACCUCGCAAACCUUGGCCAUAAUCAUGGCAACCCUCUCGACCCAGCCAAUCCCAACUCGAAGCUUUCGGUCAUGGUGAUGGAAGCAGGCAUCCUGUUUCACAGCAUUCUCAUCGGCCUGACGCUGGUAGUGGCGGGUGAUUCAUUCUACAAGACACUGUUGGUCGUGAUUGUAUUUCACCAAUUCUUUGAAGGACUCGCACUUGGUGCACGGAUCGCUCUGCUACCCUCGAAUUUCACCCGCUUCUGGCCCACCAAAUUCUUCAUGGCGUUCGCAUACGCCCUGAUCACACCCAUCGGCAUGGCGAUUGGCUUGGGUGUUAUCCACAAUUUCAACGGGAACGAGAAGAAUACCAUUGUGGCGAUUGGUACGCUAGACUCCCUGAGCGCCGGCAUUCUGGCCUGGGUCGCGCUGGUCGAUAUGUUGGCACGAGAUUGGAUCCUAGAUGGUGGCGAGAUGCUGCACGCGACAACGGUAAAGACCCUUCUUGGUGGAUUCAGUUUGUUCGCCGGUAUGAUUUUGAUGAGUCUGCUCGGGAAGUGGGCUUGA